CCCAAGACACACACAGGUGAGAAGUGGCUCUCAGGCCAAGCAAAAUCCAUAUGGUGUCAUGGUCACUCCCAACCCCCUCCCUGCCUCCGGGAAAGUGAUGGCUUUAUAAGGGAUGGGGACGGUCAGGUACAGCACACUUGAUUGUGACGACAGGACUGCCUACAUCAAGACGCCAUCAUGCCACGGAAGAAGAAGAACAAGGAGAAGCGGGGUAGGCCAUUCAUCCCUGGCCACACACCAUGGAACAAGGGCUGUGUUGUCGAGCGGGAAAAGGUCACCUCUUCAUACUGCAGGCCAACUCAAGAUCAGGAAGGUCUGUACAUCAACCGAGACAGGAAGGGCAACAUCCUACCGACCGACACUGAAACCCUUAAUGAGGCAGGAACACUGAUGGUGCUUCGUACCACACAGCUGCCAGGUAGUAAGAUUUCAAGGCUUCUGGGGGACAAAACAGACGGGGAUGAAGUUGAGGGCUACCGGCUCUGGCAUGCCAAGACAACUGUCAAAGCCCUGUACAGUCUACAGAGAGAACACGACGAGCUCCGGCCUGACUGCAAGUGUAUGCUUCGACUCUCGGCACAGGGAGAAAGGAAAAAGGGACUGGCUACUCAGGAGACACUGGUAUGUGACAACUGCGGAUAUGAAUCACCCAGGACAAAGUUCUACACCGAAGUACCAAUGGAGGGACCCGGGGCCAAGACAGCAGUCCCCAACCGGGCAGUGCAGGUCGCCAUGUUUAACAGCCCAGUAGGACCUACCGUAGUAAGAGAGAUGGCAGCAGCCCUUGACAUGCCGGUGCCAACCCGAUCUGGACUACAGGAAGGGGCAAACAAGUACAGUGAGUUGAUGGUCCAAGAGAAUGAAGCGGACAUGCAGUCAUGGCGAGAGACAGUGGCGGACAUCCAUGUGCAGAAAGGAAACCCACCUGACAGUGGCAUUCCCGUAGAAGGAGACACCAAGUAUCAGAGCCCUCUACGUUCUGCAAGGACUAAGAAACCAGGUCAACCUAGCUCUAAUAGUGUCAGCACCAUCGCAGAAAACGUGACGCCAAAGAAGCUAGUUAUCGGGACUCAUGUCAGGAACAAGAUCUGUCAAACACGCAACUACAAUGAGGGAUGCGGUAACCCAGUCCCACCCCACAAAUGCCCAGCCAACAUCUCAGAAGACACAGUGAUCGGGGACGAACGCCAAGCUGGGAGGGACAUGGGGAAGAAACUCCUCUCUGGACCUGUAAAGACACUUGUUAGUGAAACUACAACAGAUGGAGAUGGGGAUUUUGCUGCUGGACUUCAGGAAGUCAUGAUGGAGGAGGCAGGACAGAAAGUAAGGGCCUUCUCGGACACAGUGCACCUUUGCAAAGCUAUUAGAGGCAGGGUUUCCAGGGCAACAUGGUCCAAGCAAAUGUUUCCAGGGAACGAUCAACAGGAGAGAAACCGCAACCGGGACAGAUUUGGGAAUGACCUCAGCAAACGUCUCAAUGCCGAACACAAAGCUGCACGUAAGAAGAUCGGGGACAACAAGCGGAAGAUGGAGAAAAAAAUGAAGCGACUCAUGCAGGCACUGCCCUACUGCUAUGAAGGAGAUCAUUCGAGGUGCUACGAGGGAUCACUCAUCUGCAGGCACCCAAGGAAAUGGACAUUUCCAGACCUACCUGAAAAGGUGAAGGGAAACAUCCACCCAAACGAUACUGAUCUCAAGGUGUUGGCAGGCAUAAUGGAGGUUCGUUUAGGAAAGAAAGCUCUGAAACGGACACGGAAGUCAAGAACCACAAAUCGAGUUGAAAGUGUGAACAGACAGCUGGCUAAGACCUGCCCAAAGAAUGUAGUGUACUCUAGUACCUUGGAAGGGAGGGUAGCCUCUGCAGUACACGCGUCGAACAACGGAACAGGACGGUCGAUCGCGCUCAAAAGGGCCGCAGCCAAUAUCCCCUUCUCACCAGACUCUGCUGUUGUACCUGCAUUAGAGGGGAUGGAGAAGAAACAAGAAUACCACCGGUCAUACAAGAUGGAAGUAACAAACAAGAAAAGGCAGCAGGCUAAGGUAAAGAAAAGAUAUGCUAACUAUGACAUUCGUAAAGAGCAAGGCACUUACAAAAGUAAGACAGUUGCAGUUGCAGGGCAGUCUAAAGGCAAGGGUAAAGCCUUAAGGAAGAAAGUAAAGAAAAGGAUGAUAGAACAUUCAUACAGCCGUGCUGCAGAAGAGGAAUCCUCCAGUGAGUACUCAGAAGGAUGAAGAAAAACUGUGACUUACCUUGACUUGUCAUCUAGAAAAAUAUACACUGCCGAUAGCCAUCAUGCCCUCUACACUCUCGUCUAGACAGGCAAACUUUUCUGUUGUUGUUUACUAGCCUUGGUUCCAG